AGUAUAGGGCCCCACUGCUAAGUUCCUCACAGUAUAUAAGCCCUCUCAACCCUCAUUCACCAAAACUCACCAUCCAUCUUCAGCUAACAAUUCUCUUCAGUUUCAAUUACACUUUGUAUAUCUCAACUCUGCAACUCGAUCGCUUUUCUGAUCUUUCGUCUUCUAGAAAAUGAGCCGGGAAGGGGAUUGGAUGUGUGCUGCAUGCCAACACCUUAACUUCAAGAAGCGCGAUGCAUGCCAACGAUGCAGCUGCCCGAAGUAUGCCUCCGCGUCUGAUGUGGCCUUAUACGGGCUAAAUAAAUCGGAAGUGUUGGCUGGGGACUGGUAUUGCACCGGCAUGAACUGCGGGGUUCACAACUAUGCGAGCCGAACGACUUGCUUCAGAUGUGGCGCCUCGAAAGUGGAUUAUUAUGGCUAUGCUGCUGCAGCAUAUGAUGCAAAUGCUGUUCCUGGUUGGAAAUCUGGUGACUGGAUAUGCAACAGAUAUGGAUGUGGUACUCACAACUAUGCCAGUAGAACAGAAUGCUACAAAUGCAAGACGCCUCGGGAUUACGCACAAGACCUGUGAUGAGAAAGUGAGUCAAGGAAGAGAUCAGAACAGCAUUCUAUUCCCAGUUCAUAUCCAAGAAUUGCUGUUUCUUUAGUUCUUAUUACCACUCUCUGUGUUUUCUUAGUCCAAUAAUUAAUAUUAUCCAAUUUUCAUUAGCAUUGCUCUUUGGUUAGCCACAAUGGGUUUCUAACUUCAUUUUUGUAUGAUGCAAGUGUUCAUACAUAUAUAUGAAUGAAAUCCCAUCAUAUUUUCCAUCUCUUUC